AGAAAGGCAAAGACACUCUCCCCCGCUCUACUGUUUAAAGAGCUGGAAAGGAAGUGGGAGCGGCAGGGCUCGCUGGGAGAACUCGAGAGAGAGAGAGAGAGAGAGAUAGAGAGAGAACGAUCAAAAUGAGUACUAUGAAGUUUUGUCCCGCAUGCAACAACAUUCUGUACCCCGAGGAAGACAAGGAGCAGAAGAUCCUCCGUUACUGUUGUCGAAACUGCGACCACAAGGAGGUUGCUGAUAACAAUAUUGUGUAUAGAAUUGAUUUACGUCACUCUGUUGGUGAGGGCAGUCAGGUUUUGCAGGCAGGUGCUGAUCCAACUCUACCUCGAACUAAAUCCGUUCGAUGUGCUCAGUGCAACCAUGGAGAAGCUGUGUUCUUUCAGGCACCUGCUAGAGGAGAGGAAGGAAUGACACUGUUUUUUGUUUGCUGCAACCCUAAUUGUGGCCAUCGUUGGAGAGAUUGAUUGACAUUUGGAUGACAUUGAUCGAAGUUCUUAAAGUCGUUGGACAUGUAAAGUCUUAAUUUGAAGUGGCCAUCAUUGGAGAGAUUAACAUGUAGAUGAGACAUGGGUAGAGGUUCUUAAAGUUGGUGGACAUGUAAAGUUUUAAUUUGAUUACGCUUGAUAGAUGAUGGUCAUAAUAUUUGGUUACACACUAAGGUAGUCAAAGGCUCUAAAUUUUAAAAUGACUA